UCCCCAGCAACCGCUUGCCGAUUAUUCCACGUUUUAUCCCUUCUCUGUUUGGCCACUUGCCCAAUCCUCCCUAGCUCCGCCCCCAAAUUACCCCUCCAUAUUGCCUGCCCCUCCUCGCGUUCCUAUGAGAGCUUCGUCAUUUUGUCUUUGACCUACACUAGCGGCACAGAGCUUUCCCGUAUAAGAACCCUGACCGUUACCCGGUUACUUUGUAUAAGGUAGCUCCGACACCCCGCCCCGACCCUUGUGUCGGUUCAAGUCGGUUUGCAUGAGCGAUUCAACGGAUCCGCAAGCCCCACCACAAAGAUUAAGACCCAACCUUUACAGACGACACCACCUAUCACAUAUCAGAAUCAGGGCCUCUGAGACUGAUGUUUCAUUGCUAAGGUGUCUUUUUUGGUUUGUUUUCAGCUGAAAGUCUAAAUCAUGUCUGAUGACGGCACUUAUGCCCCUAAAAGCCCGGACCUUUCGUCCUUCUACUCGGCAGGCCCCACUCCACCGGCGGAACCAGCAUCUGAAAGUGGGCAGCUAUUUUCGAAGCACUCCCAGUCCAACAUUUCAAGCAUUUAUAAUUUUCAAGCGCAUGCGCCUCACGAACAAGGCCAGAAUUACGCCACACCACCACGAAGCCUCGCUCACGCACGGUCCACAUACGGCUCGAACACCAGUGAAGCACCAGGGUUUGUCGGCGGUGUAGAAUAUUCACAGCCCGCGAAACACGAAUACUACUAUCCGCCACGUGCACAAAGUUACCCAGGCCCUGGAUAUUCCCAAGCUGGGCCUGGAUACACGGCCGGAUACACGGCCACACAGUUCCCCCAGCCUCAGCGGCAGACAUUCUCUCAGUCCAGUUCUCAAUAUCAGUAUCAACAGGUGGAGCACCAGCCAUUCCCAGUACAGACCUCUCAGUUUACCGCUGCUCAAUCACAAGUGCGUCAGCACUACGACAACACGUUACCUAGUACCGGACAGAGACAACCGGGAGGCCAGGUCCAACACGAUUUUGUGAGCUACCAUCCGGACACGAUGCCUCCGAGGAGAGCCGCGGCUGCAGCCGCUGCAGCCGCAGUAACCUCCCAGACUGCCUCUGAAGCCAUUCCGGACAUUAAACAUGAAGCUGCUGGCUCCGCUGUGCCCUCAGCUUCAACCUCAACUUCAACCACUGUCGAACCCGGCCAAGUAAGGACCAAGUUCCCCACGGCUCGUAUCAAGCGUAUCAUGCAGGCGGAUGAGGAGGUUGGCAAGGUGGCGCAACAAACUCCCAUCGCGGUAGGCAAGGCGCUGGAGCUGUUCAUGGUGGCGCUGGUGACCAAGAGCGCCGAGGUGGCCAAGCAGCGCAACUCGAAACGGGUGUCGGCGCAGAUGCUGAAGCAGGUCGUCGAAGCGGAUGAUCAGUGGGACUUCUUGAGGGAAAUUGUGAGCAAGGUCGAGACGGAGGAGAAGGGGGGGAAGGCUAGCAGCAGUGGGGCGGCAGGUCAGAGUGCGAGUAGCAAGGUGAAGGCGGAGAGUGAGAGUGAGGAGGAGGGGGGUGAUGGGGUUCCCAAGAGGAGAGGCCGUGGCGGUGGGAGGAAGAAGAAGGACCAGUAAUGGGGGGGUAUGGAACAGACGGUUGAGGCAAACAGGACGAAUUGUUGCUCAGCCGUGUCUUCGGUGAGUACGGCGAUGGCAGCAAACGACAUGUUGGACUGAACCGUAUGGUGUAUUCACGAACGGGGAGCAGGCGUUGGGAAUGGUCAACUUGUUUCCAAGGUUGCACGAACUAUGUAGCGAGACAUUUACAUGCUCAGAAGGCGAGCAGAAUGUCAGCGGGCGGCAUGCUGGGUGGGUAUUUUGCUAGAGGUUUCAGAUCGAACUAAGAACAUGCUGAAGUAAAGAUAAACAU